AUGAUGGGGGACAAUCCGUCCUCGUUUGCACCUCUUGCUGACGAAAAUUUGUACAAUCAGUUCUCGCCGGGCAGAAGGAAAAGCGAUUUUCCGCCGGUGGCCAGUCCGUCGUCGUCGCCAAGUUUGAUGAGAUCACCGAAUCGUGCAUUCAGCACUCCACACACUGAGCAAAAAGCCGUCACGAUUUUCGACCAGAUCGUCGAUUGGUUCCACGCUGAAAUUAAUCGACGAAAGCGAGUAGCCGCCGCCGUCUGUGGCUAUUUUGCCGUUUUCACGUUUGUGGUCACAGUUUCCGUACUGAAACUCUCGAUUUGGGCUCCGUUCAGUUCUGUUCAAGGUAUAAUUAUUCCACAAUUGCGAACGGAUAUUGCAAAUUCAUCCUUCAGAUUCGCUUACGUGGUUCCUGUACCCCAGCCAAUGGGUUUCAAUGAUUCUGACAGGGCUUGCUUCCGUCGCUACGACGAUCGUUAUCAUUCAACAGUUCUGCCGAGGUAAGGAAUUGCCACGAAACCUCGUUAUAUCAAAUGUUUCAGUGAAUCAGUUGCCGAGAAUUCCAGUCACGGACACGUGGGCCUGGGUGGGAGUAGCUGCCGAGUUCUUGCAUCGUUUUUUCUUCGUCUACGCCGCUUUCCUCGUCUCUGACUCCUCACUUCUGCAUGACUUCGCAUGGGUGACGGUCUCGUUCGGAAUCGCUGUUUCGUCGGCGCUAGUCGUGUUUCGAAAUGAUUUCCAUUUCAACUUUUCGAGCGUUCAAGUGGUAAGUGCGCAUUUGCGACUUUUUUUGGUCAUAAAAAUAUACUUCAGAAUUCGUUUAAUACGUUUGUUGAAUUCGUAAAAGCACUUCCGUACAAGGCUCUGGCCGAGACGUCUGCUAUCGAAGCUGGAAUCGCCUACGCCGCUUCUCUCCUUUUCAUCAUUAUUAUUGCGCCUGUAUUCUGGGGAUUCUCCUCUUGGUGGCUGCUUCUGAAUCUUCCAUUCCACGCUGUUCUCUUUGCACUGUGCUUCACUCAACAUUUCUAUUCCAAAAUUGCAAUGAAACUUGUCAACCAAAUUGUAAUGAAGGUAGGACUGAGAUCUUCAAUUAUGAAAGACUGAUCCUCCUUUUGCAGCCUAUCCAAUUCCCAUUCCCACCUCCGUACACUGUGCACUCCCCGACUCCGGAACAGACGAGAACUCUUCCAAACGUCAUCGACACAGAAGAUCCUAUCUUGAAAAUGUUCGCCUUCCAUGACCUCCGCACGCUUGCCUGGAGUGACGAAAAGAGACGUGCCGAUGUGUUUGCGCUUUCGCAACCUGGAAAACACCCGCGCAACUGGAAAGCUGUUUCUAUGCCCUGUGUGCGAAUGCUCGACGAGCUCUGCUCAAAGAUGACCAUUUCUGCCGCCCGACUGGUUGGCUACUCGUGGGACGAUCACGAAGGAGACGAAGAAAUGCCACGCGACGCUAUUAUGAUGCCUAGAAAGAUGCGGGAGAUGGCGUUCCGCGGAGCCGGUACCAGUCGUCAACAGAGGAACAUGGCCCCAAUCCGAACUCUAAACACUCAGUCGGGAGGCUUGGUGUCCAGAAUUACCAAAAUGCUUGGAUUGGGAACUGGCGAGAAGCUGGUAAUGUCUCGGUUCGAGGCGCAACUGUACGCAUACGCCGCUGAGGCUCUCUACAUGCUUGUCGUCGAUUCAAUGGGAGAAGAUCGGUUCGGUGUUGCGCAGAGGGAUCUGAAGGAUCUGAUGACUCUUCUCUGCAAGCUCAUCGCUGCCAUCGACACUUUUGAUAGAGCCAGAGCGGUACGUUUCUUUUCAUUAUCACGAAAAUUAACAUUUUAUUAAAACAAUAUAAAAAUGUUAUCAUUUCAGUCGGUCGCUGACAAAUCAGAUGUGACAUUUCUGCGCAUCGUCGAUUCGUCACUCAAGUCUAGUCUUCAACGCGUUGUCACUACGUUCGGCGGUCAUCUGAGGUAACUAAUAAUCCCUCUAAUCGAAACAAACACAUUGACUAAAGAUCCCUGAACCUGCCCGAAGAACACAUCCGCACCAUUCGGCUCGUCUGCCUUAUCGACGAUGUGUAAUGAUCUCACCUCCAAUCUCGCUGUUUCUCUCUCAUGUUAUCAUUUUCACCACAUCCCUGUUACUUUGGCCACUCGCUCCCAUCCAUCAUCCCUGACACAAUUAUCAUUUUUUUUUGAAUUCCUUCAUUUCUCUGUUCUAUUUUCUUCGGCCCCAAAAGUCACCCUAGUGAAUGAACGAAUCGCGUGUCUUUUGUGUGGGUGUGUGUGUGCGGCCAAAAAGCGGAGACUGAGACACAAGAUUGAUAGGCAGUAACAGAAGAGGUGGCGGGUGAAGACGGGGGGACGAAACAGUACACAGUAUCGAUUACCUGAUAGGGAAGAAGAAAAAGGGGAAGUCGACGGUUUGGCAUUCGAACGAAAGCGGCGACGGAGAGAUGUGGUCGGUGCUGCACAGGCGCCAGUUCGCGCUCAUCGCCGGCUUCAUGCAGCUCGUCUUCAUUGCUCUCUUCGCCAAAUACGUCAAGUACAUCGAUCCGCUCGACGACUCGCGACGCGUUUAUUCCGGAACCGACUACCCCCGUGAGUGCGACGGAGCGCGCUCUCUUCCCCAGCAAACGCGUCGUUUCAGUGUUCCAGGAUGUCCAUCUCAUGAUCUUCGUCGGAUUCGGCUUUCUGAUGGCCUUUUUAAAGGUGAGUCAUGGGUCCAAGUGGGUCCUAGGGAAUCGUAAGUUGGCCAUUCGGAACAGUUCUCCGUGUCAGAGUUCCAAACGUUUGCAUUUGAGCCCUCAUUUUUGACUGAUAUCCAUGUGAGCAAAAGAAUGGAACUUCAAAUUCAAAACGUUCACGAGAUCCAAAGUGGUUUUGCAAGAACGGAGAACACGUUUCGAAUGAUGUACUUAGGUCGCGUUUCGAAUGGCCAACUUGAGGAACCAAGAAAGAAAAUGAAAAUGUCCCCUGGUCCUUUAAGUGUGUACGGUUACCUAAUAGUGGGCAAGAGCAUAGCAACCAUUAUCCAGAUUAGUGCUCUACCGUUAUUCACGCAGAGUACGGAAGAGCCUAUCUUCCAACUACAUUCUUUUUCAGAGAUACGGUUUCUCUGCGGUCUCUGUCAAUCUUCUCCUUUCGGCGUUCGUUAUCCAAUUCGCAAUGCUUUUGCGUGGAUUUCUGACAGUCGCAUUCCAAGAGACUGGAUGUUUCAGCAUUGGAAUCCCGGAGUGAGUUCACCCAUUCGCUCCUAUUCUCCUCAAUUAUCCCUUGUCAGAAUGCUCGCCGCAGAGAGUUCGUGUGCCGCCGUACUCAUCACAAUGGGAGUGCUGCUCGGCCGAUUGACGCCCGUCCAGUUCCUCCUUCUCGCCUUUUUCGAGACUGCGAUCAAUGUGGUCGUGGAGCAUUAUGUGUUCAAUAUCCUUCAUGUAUGACUGAUUUCGUGGCAUGAUAGAAGUGAACGUUUUGCAGGUGAAUGACAGUGGCCGAUCCCUUUCCGUUCACACUUUCGGUGCCUAUUUCGGACUGGCUGCAGCGGUGGUCGGACACAAAAAGAACGUGAUGGAAAUGGACGAGCACGGCGGAAUCCAUCAUUCGGAUCUCUUUUCCAUGAUCGGAACUCUUCUUCUCUGGGUCUUCUUCCCCUCGUUCAAUGCGGCCAUACAAGAGCCAGAAGAUGCUCGGCACAGAGCCAUCAUGAACACGUACUUGGCGAUGGCCUCCGGAACAGUCACCACUUUCAUGCUCUCUUCCUGGGUCGACACUCUCGGCCGAUUCAAUAUGAUUCACAUUCAGAGUUCCACACUUGCCGGAGGUGUUGCUAUUGGUAAACUUGCUCCGUAAUCUGAAAAUAAGUGCGUACUGUACAGGAUCUGCUGCGAAUGCCGUUCUCUACCCGUACCACGCAGUCUGCGUCGGAACCAUCGCCUCGGUUCUCUCCGUGAUCGGUCAUGCAUGGAUCAGUGUGUGUCGACCCCAUUUCUUUUUCAAAUUCAUUCAUUAGUUCAGCCUCGACUUGAGCGGACAUUCCACAUCUUCGACACUUGCGGAGUGCACAACCUCCACGGAAUGCCCGGCAUUUUGGCGGGCCUCCUGAGCAUCGGAUUCGCCUAUUUCUACGAACCGAAAAGCUACGGCAAAACGUGAGUUGUUUGGUGUGGCAAUCUAGACGAACAGAACAGAACCAGUAGGCGUUGGCACGAAUUCUCGGCGGAGAACGGCACUUGAGUAGUGCUCUGGCAGUGCCCAAAUUAGGCCAUACAUAAGAACUUCCAAAAUUAACAGAUUGUACCAUAUAUAUCCGUAUUGGCAAGGCGGCGAAAUGGGCGGAAACCGGGAGAAUGUUUCACAGGCCAAGUACCAAGCCUACGGGCUCGCCGUGAUUCUGUUGUCCGCAAUCGCUGGAGGUCUUGUUACUGGUGAGCGCUUUUCCUUUUUUGUCCUUUUUAACUCAUUACACUUCCAGGUUUGAUCUUAAAGAUCAGAGUCUGGAAUCAAGUGGAUGAUCCUCGAUUCCCGCAUGGCGAAAUGAACUACUACGCGCAGUCGGACGUGAAUUUCCUGAGCAAAGUGAGUAGUUCCGGAGCGCCCGCCCACGCACAUAAAUCCUUUCAGUACAAACAUGCGCAGGAGCAACAACAACUCCGGGAAAGGGAGCUGAUGCACGAGAUCUAUUGA